AUGAUUAUAGAAGAAUUUCAGGCAAUACAUUUCAAGAACACAUAUCAUCAUCAUCAUCAUCAUCAUCAUCAUCAUCAUCAUCAUCAUCAUCAUCAUCAUCAUCAUCAUCAUCAUCAUCAUCAUCAUCAUCAUCAUCAUCAUCAUCAUCAUCAUCAUCAUCAUCAUCAUCAUCAUCAUCAUCAUCAUCAUCAUCAUCAUCAUCAUCAUCAUCAUCAUCAUCAUCAUCAUCAUCAUCAUCAUCAUCAUCAUCAUCAUCAUCAUCAUCAUCAUCAUCAUCAUCAUCAUCAUCAUCAUCAUCAUCAUCAUCAUCAUCAUCAUCAUCAUCAUCAUCAUCAUCAUCAUCAUCAUCAUCAUCAUCAUCAUCAUCAUCAUCAGCAUCAUCAUCAUCAUCAUCAUCAUCAUCAUCAUCAUCAUCAUCAUCAUCAUCAUCAUCAUCAUCAUGAUCAUCAUCAUCAUCAUCAUCAUCAUCAUCAUCAUCAUCAUCAUCAUCAUCAUCAUCAUCAUCAUCAUCAUCAUCAUCAUCAUCAUCAUCAUCAUCAUCAUCAUCAUCAUCAUCAUCAUCAUCAUCAUCAUCAUCAUCAUCAUCAUCAUCAUCAUCAUCAUCAUCAUCAUCAUCAUCAUCAUCAUCAUCAUCAUCAUCAUCAUCAUCAUCAUCAUCAUCAUCAUCAUCAUCAUCAUCAUCAUCAUCAUCAUCAUCAUCAUCAUCAUCAUCAUCAUCAUCAUCAUCAUCAUCAUCAUCAUCAUCAUCAUCAUCAUCAUCAUCAUCAUCAUCAUCAUCAUCAUCAUCAUCAUCAUCAUCAUCAUCAUCAUCAUCAUCAUCAUCAUCAUCAUCAUCAUCAUCAUCAUCAUCAUCAUCAUCAUCAUCAUCAUCAUCAUCAUCAUCAUCAUCAUCAUCAUCAUCAUCAUCAUCAUCAUCAUCAUCAUCAUCAUCAUCAUCAUCAUCAUCAUCAUCAUCAUCAUCAUCAUCAUCAUCAUCAUCAUCAUCAUCAUCAUCAUCAUCAUCAUCAUCAUCAUCAUCAUCAUCAUCAUCAUCAUCAUCAUCAUCAUCAUCAUCAUCAUCAUCAUCAUCAUCAUCAUCAUCAUCAUCAUCAUCAUCAUCAUCAUCAUCAUCAUCAUCAUCAUCAUCAUCAUCAUCAUCAUCAUCAUCAUCAUCAUCAUCAUCAUCAUCAUCAUCAUCAUCAUCAUCAUCAUCAUCAUCAUCAUCAUCAUCAUCAUCAUCAUCAUCAUCAUCAUCAUCAUCAUCAUCAUCAUCAUCAUCAUCAUCAUCAUCAUCAUCAUCAUCAUCAUCAUCAUCAUCAUCAUCAUCAUCAUCAUCAUCAUCAUCAUCAUCAUCAUCAUCAUCAUCAUCAUCAUCAUCAUCAUCAUCAUCAUCAUCAUCAUCAUCAUCAUCAUCAUCAUCAUCAUCAUCAUCAUCAUCAUCAUCAUCAUCAUCAUCAUCAUCAUCAUCAUCAUCAUCAUCAUCAUCAUCAUCAUCAUCAUCAUCAUCAUCAUCAUCAUCAUCAUCAUCAUCAUCAUCAUCAUCAUCAUCAUCAUCAUCAUCAUCAUCAUCAUCAUCAUCAUCAUCAUCAUCAUCAUCAUCAUCAUCAUCAUCAUCAUCAUCAUCAUCAUCAUCAUCAUCAUCAUCAUCAUCAUCAUCAUCAUCAUCAUCAUAUCAUCAUCAUCAUCAUCAUCAUCAUCAUCAUCAUCAUCAUCAUCAUCAUCAUCAUCAUCAUCAUCAUCAUCAUCAUCAUCAUCAUCAUCAUCAUCAUCAUCAUCAUCAUCAUCAUCAUCAUCAUCAUCAUCAUCAUCAUCAUCAUCAUCAUCAUCAUCAUCAUCAUCAUCAUCAUCAUCAUCAUCAUCAUCAUCAUCAUCAUCAUCAUCAUCAUCAUCAUCAUCAUCAUCAUCAUCAUCAUCAUCAUCAUCAUCAUCAUCAUCAUCAUCAUCAUCAUCAUCAUCAUCAUCAUCAUCAUCAUCAUCAUCAUCAUCAUCAUCAUCAUCAUCAUCAUCAUCAUCAUCAUCAUCAUCAUCAUCAUCAUCAUCAUCAUCAUCAUCAUCAUCAUCCAGCUUCAUGGCGUGAGAUGUUCCUUAGCUAUUCAGGCCUUGACUAACCUUUUUAUAGAAUGGAUAUAUUAA